CCGCCCCGCCGACGGCGGCGGCCGAUGGGGGCCAAGCUUCCGCUGGGGCGGCCGGCGCUGCCGCCGCGCUGUGCAGGCGUUUCGAGGUCCUCUGUCGCGCUGCCGGCCGGCCAUGGAGCUAUGGCAGGUGCCGCUGCUCUUCUCGCGUCUGCCCAUGUUCCCAUUCUUCGACCUGGCGCACUAUGUGGCCUCCGUCAUGGCGCUGAAGGAGCAGCGAGGAGCUGUGGAAGUGUCAGUCCAAAGUCCAAUUGCCUGCUGGUUUAGUGCUAUGCUUCACUGCUUUGGUGGUUCAGUUUUGUCUUCGCUGAUGCUUGCAGAACCUCCUGUAGGAUUUAUGGCAAAGGGCACAAACAUUCUGCUGGCAUCUUCAGUCUGGUAUUUUGUGUUUUACUGCCCACAAGACUUGUUCUGUCGGUGCUUUGCCUUUCUGCCUCUUCGGCUUGUGGUUGCAGGAAUGAAAGAAGUGACAAGGACUUGGAAGAUAACAGGUGGCAUUGCACAUGCAGACAGUCACUUCAAAGAUGCCUGGCUUGUCAUGGUAGCUGUAGGCUGGGCCAGAGGAGCUGGUGGUGGCUUAAUUUCCAACUUUGAGCAGCUAGUGAGAGGAGUAUGGAAGCCUGAAACCAAUGAACUACUGAAGAUGUCCUACCCUGUGAAGGUAACUUUGAUAGGAGCAGUUCUUUUCACCCUGCAACACAGCCAGUACUUGCCAAUAGCAAGGCACAACCUCAUGUUUUUAUACACCAUCUUUCUUGUUGUCUCCAAGGUAACAGUGAUGCUGACAAGAUCUGCAGCUUCUCCAUUUGCUCCCCUUGAGGCUGCAUUAGGCCAUAUGUUCUUUGGCUUGCAAAAGGCACCAUGCAAAGUGAAGGGUGAAGGUGCUGCAUCUUCCAAUGGCUCUUCAGUCUGUGACCGAUUUUCUGAACAGAACGAUAAUGGUGUUAAGAAAAGACAGGCAAAGAAAACAGAAUAAGUGGCUUAAAAUCGUUGAUGGUCAUAACCUUUGAAGAUGCUUGCAUUUCAGAUAAGGCUGGCUGAGAAAUUUGUGUAAAGAAAUGCAUGUGAGGAGAGGAUAGGGCUGUAUACUACUAUGUUGUUGUUUGCCUUUGGAACAUGUUUUGUAAGCUACUGUUCAGAUGUCUAAAUGCACACGUUGGAUUUGUAAGUUAAAAACAAUGAAUUUUUAUAGUGGUUAUAAGUUUACUACAUUACUACAUUUGGUAUUUAUGGUAACUUUAAAUGCUUACAUGCUAAAAAGAUAGUUUCAAAAUGCAACAGUCAGCUUUGUUAUUUUUUCUGAUCUAUCUCUCAUUUCACCUCUUCCCCUCACUCUUACCCUUCACCCUUCAAUUCUUAUGUUUCAUUUGGAUAGUGUGGAUUUGCACUGCCAGGUGUUCACAACAGCACGUACCAAAUAAGAAGGACAUCAUCCGAGUAAGGCUUAAUCACAUUGUGCUGUAAAACCAUGAAAAUGUACUGAACUAAUGCCUUUAGAAAAAUAACUGAAUUACUGUUGUAAUUCACAUUGCACUGGUCUAGAUUUCUAUAUUUACUUAAGUAAAUAAUUUUCAUAUUUUUAUAUUUUUUAAAUAAGAGUAAAUUAUCUGACACUUUUAAAAAUCUUUACAGUUAACCAAGUGUUUUUGUUGUUGGCUUACUUUGACACUUUAUUUGCAAACAUUUGAUAUAUAGCUGUUUUUCAUGUUACAUAAGGGAUAUACAUGUGGUUUGUGGUUAUCUUUCAGUUUGACUGGGACUAGACAUCUCCACCUGCACUUUUAUCCAAGCAUAUGAAUUCUUUUUCUUUUUGAAGCCAAACUUCCUUUUAAAAAAGAAUACCGAACAGUACAUUUGCCUUGUUUCUCAUGAGUUCAGACAUAUUAUGCCUGAUAUUAAUAAAUACCAGCGCUAGUUUAUAGCAACUACCUCUCGUGCAAAUGGGGAAGAAGCCUGGUGUCACUGGCAGAAUUUUGGGGUUUUUGACCAUGGGUUGGUUUACACGACACUAGGCCUGCUGGUGUCAGAUGGGGUACCCCUGUCUCAAAGGAGGGAAAGGAGCUUUGCACAGGAGAUUGCAGGGCUCAUAGAAAGAGCUUUAAAUUAGAUUUGAAGGGGGAGAAGGAUAAAACCAAGCUCGCUAGAGAUAAACCUGUGGGCAGCAUGUCAGUGUUAGAGGGACAGUGUACUAGUGACGUCCUUCAGUCUGCUGUCUCAGUGGAAGUAGGGGAUGGAGAUACAUGCAACAGCAAAGACACUGGGGUUAUGGAUGUGUUAGAAAUCACAGAAGUGCCUGAGAAUGGUUGCAUGGGGCCAUCCCCAUAUGCUGAAAGAUGAGCCAGCAGGGAAGAAAAAAGGAUUGUCAAGCAUUAGAACAGGCUGCCCACAGAAGUGGUGGAGUCACCAUUCCUGGAGGUACUUAAAAGACAUGUAGAUACGGUAUUUAGGGACAGCGUUUAGUGGUGGACUUGGCAGUGUCAGGUUUAUGGUUGGACUUGAUCUUAAAGGUACUUUCCAACUUAUAUGAUUCUAUGGUUCUGUAAUAUCAGAGGCACUGAAACUAUUUAUUUGCUGAAAUCUGCUGCUUCUUGCUUAUUGCAUCUUUUUUCACAUGAUGUGGAGCAAUCUUCAGUGGCAUACACUUCAGAACUGAGAACUUGGACAUUUUAGAGAUAUUACAUUUCAUAAGAAGAGAAUCUUUUCAGAGGGAUCUUUCAUAGAUGUGCCAAGUUUUAGAAUAAAUUAAACUAUUUUUAGAGAAUUGGAGUAUUUUUCUUCAGAGAAUACUGCUUUGAAGUGUAUACUUCAGCAAGAGGAGGUAGUUUAAUCUUUGUACAGGCAUGCCAAAGAGAAUGUGGAGGGAGAUCUGAUAUGAAAAGACAAAGUUCUAGUUCCACGUACAUAUCUAAAUUUAGAAAAGCUGUCACCAGUGCUGUGCUUAGAGGGGAAAAAAAAAAAGUACCCAAGAAAUUUCAUGUGCCUGUCUAGUCAUGUUUCCAUGAUAGUGACCAAAAGCAUUGAACAUCCUCAGCCUGGAAUCCAGUUGUAUGGCAAAAGUGCUCUACCUUGAAAGCUAAAAUGCAUAUUUUCUUCAACAGAAAAUAAAAGAACCAAAAAACCAAAUUAAUCAACCAAAAAACCCCCAAUUCUUUGGACAAAAUAGCAAUCAUAUUCCUGACAUUUUACACUGAAAUUUGGUGUACAGAUAUAAAUGCUUGGAACAGUUGCUUGUGGAGUGUCUCAGUUUUCGUAGCUUUGUAUCAUGGAUGUAUGGAUGAGCUUGAAGCUGCCAACUAACUAGUGAUGAUGAUCAACUAGUUAUUCAGCAAAACCAACAAAAGUUGUCUGUUCACAAUUUCUAAAACUCUUUUGGAUGUUUUUUUUUAAAGCUGUAAUUGUGUAUAUUAGAUCUCAAGAACCAUACAGAAUUGGAUUGUGGUAUGGAACUAUGUGGCACAACUGUGAAAUACUGGCUUAUAACUUGCUACUCUUAGCCCAAAUAAAUGUGAAAAUAUGCUUAUAGUAAUUCUAAGUUUACAAUUUGAAGGAAAAUACAUGGGUUUAUAUAAAUUUUAGACUUAAAGACAACAACAUUAAAAAAAUAAUUGUUUUUCUUGACUGAACACUUUAAGAGAAAUACACAUCACGCUAAAUCUGUAUUGUUGAGAGACAGAAUGUAAGUCAUGCUGAAAGAAAUCCUAUUGUAAGAACCAUGAAAACAAAACUUCAUGUUUAAAGAUCUCACAGGCUUCUGAAGGAUGGGCGCUCAAAAGAACUCCAUAGUGAAUAGUUACAUGCAAGUGUUCUAAAAACUGUUUUUUAUAACACUAAAAAGAUACCUAGUUGCUCAAGGUUUAACUUGAAUUCUGUAGGAGACUUUAAUACAGGCUGUCCAGGAUGCCUUAAAUAAACAAUUACUUCCUAGCUUUUGUCCUAAUAGUUCUGUAUCUCAGCUAAACUUCUCUGUGUGAGAUUGGUAAGAAUUUCUUGUAACUGUUCUAUUUGGUAAAGCAUGUCGGAUUCAGCAGAACUGCAUAUGUGAACUAGUUGGCACUAUCUGAUUAUAUCAUCAGCCUGGUAAAAUAAAAAGUAGUGCUCUUGUGCUAAUAUAAACUAAGGGUUGAAGGAGUUGUUUUAUCAGCUCAGAUCUCAGGCUGGAAGGGCCUAUUCGUAAUUAAUCCUAUUGCUGUUCUGGGUCUUCAUUUCCAUUAAGUAUGCCAAAUUUCUGUGAAAAGAAAUACCUUAAAAAGUGAUUAAUGAACAGAACCAAAGUUGCUGUAGAUGACAAAUGCAUUUUGCUUUGCUCUUCUUUAUUGUCUCCAUUUCAUUUUAUUCAAAAUAAGUGGAGACAGGAGGAUAUCAUACAGACAGUGCCUUCAUUUCCAGCUUGAUUCGUCAGUGUUUUAUUACACAAGACACAGUUGUUCAAGAAUUCCAAGCAUCUUUCUUCUGUAGGAAUCUAAAUUUGCUCAGUCUAAGGGCUGUGCUGAAAUCUAACAUCUUUGAAUCUGCACAGUAAAUGUUAGCUUUACUUGGAAUGCACACUCUUAAUUUAUAAGGUGAACCCUCAUUUCUAAGGUCUAAGUGAAGUUUACAAAGAGUAGCAACAGAGAAGAAGCAUUUGACACUAAGAUAAGAAUCAAAAAUGUGUUGUAAAUAGUAAUUUGCAUUUGUUCUGAUGAAACUGCCCUGUUAAGCAGUCAAAUGCCUUUCGUGAAAUGUGCAAAAAUGUCCAGCAAGGAACAGAUAGCGAUAUGAACACUGACAGAGAAAUACAUUAAUAUUCUCAGGCAAGAACAGCCGAUUGCACACUGAUGUGCAAGUGAGUUUUGUCUACAAUCAAGAAGUAGAAUACGAUGAUAAAAUGUUACAAUCAAGAAGUAGAAUAUGAUGAUUAAAUGUCAUACCAAAUAAAAACUGCUGCAACCAA